AAAUUGCAGUAAUCUCUGUGUAUUCCCUGACCUCACAAACGAAUAUUGCUUUUGGUUUAGAAAGUCAAAUUGCUGGAGUUUCCUUUUCACACACACAUAUACUCGAACAAAACGCCUCCGCCGGAAUCAAAGUUCAGAACUUUACAGAAACCCCUUUCGCCGGUUCGCCUCGCAGACUCUUUCUAGAGUGAUUACCAGGCCAAGUUAGCAGCUUCAGCCAUGGAUGUUGUCAGUCAGCUGCAGAGACAGUUUGUUGACUACACUACAUCGCUGUAUCGUGAGGGAUUUGUGGAUGAUCAGUAUACUCAGCUUCAAAAGCUGCAAGAUGAAAGUAGUCCUGAUUUCGUGGUGGAGGUUGUCACUCUCUUCUUUGAAGAUUGUGAGAAGCUUAUUAACAAUAUGGCUAGAGCUCUGGAACAGCAACAGGGUGUGGAUUUCAAACAGGUUGAUGCUAGUGUCCAUCAACUCAAGGGUAGCAGUUCCAGUAUAGGUGCUAUGCGAGUUAAAAAUGUGUGCGUUGCAUUUAGACCUUGUUGUGAGGCCCAGAACCGAGAGGGGUGUUUGAGAUGCCUGCAACAGGUGACUCAUGAAUACUCUGUGUUGAAAAACAAGCUUCAAACUUUAUUCAGGCUGGAGCAGCAGAUCGUUGCAGCUGGUGGAUCAAUUCCAGUCAUUGAAUAAAAAACCAUGCAUAGAACUAAAAAAGGAGCCGUUGCAGUUAUAUUAUCUUCUUUGUUAAACAAAGGAGACUGAAUAGUAGAUAUUUCAGAAAUCUUUUCUUGUUAGAUUUUUGUAGUUCUUAAUUGAAGGAACUUUGACUUAAUGGAUGAUUUUACUUGGGUUCAUGUCAAAGCCUGUCCAAGGCAGUGACAAUGUGAAUAAGCAUUUUUACCUCUCCACAGCAGAACCGUAUAAUCCCUGCUCUUUUCUCUAGUUGUUCUGUGUCAGUGCUCCAGUUCUGUUCAGUCAAUCCAAUCAAUGGCUAAUAUGUCAUGCCAUGGUUGUGGCGUAGGAUUAAAUCCUGGUAUAUGAAAUCUCUGAUCUUUUUAGCAGUAGUAUGCCUGUAUUUUGUAUGUAUUUCUCUAUUUUGAUAUAUGUGUGUAUCAAAACCAAGCAUCAUUUGUUGGACCCUGGGACCGCGAGAAUGCACAUCAUAAGCAUGCAUUUCAUUUCUGCAAAGUGAACGUAGAUAAAUUCCUGCACAAUGU